AUGCCCCCAUCGGCCGGGCAUAUGUCAGGCGUGCAACAGGUCAUAGUGACUUACGUUCCGACAGCGUUCGGACCUCAACCCAUGCACGUGACGUGUAGUCACUGCGGGGCUCAAGUGAUGACUGAGACCGACGCGGCUCCGGGACUACUCACGUGGUUAAUAUCGGGCGCCCUUUUUGUGUUCGGGUGUUGGUUAGGCUGUUGUCUAAUCCCGUUUUGCGUAGCCGACUGCAAGGACAUUGAGCACCGGUGCCCCGCCUCGAACACACCGUCGCAUACAAUUCCCGUGACUAACGGCACGGAAGGGUCGAUCGCCGGCACGCGAGCCAUCAUACGAACUACAGUUUCCGUGAAGUUUACGUAA